UUCUUCUUCUUCUUCCACUCUGCACAAAUAACGAAGUGGACAAACUUCCCAAGGCGGCUCCACAGAUUCAUUCAUUCAUUGAUUCAUUCAUUCCUCACAAAUUUAGGCACAGAAAAACAAACCCAUUUCUUUAAUUCUCUUAAAUUUCUUCUUUGAUCAAACAAAAACAGAACCCCAUUUCUUCUUAGCACUCUGUUGCUUUGUUUUGCGUUUGCUUAGCAAAAGAAGUAAUAUCUUCUUCUGUCUUAGUUUCAUUUCAACACAUUUGUACUGUAAAACUUUGUUUUCUUUAUUGUUUGUGAGCUGAGGAAUUUUCUCCUUGAGAUACUAUUUUCUUGCAUGGAAACUGUUUGUUAAAAGGUCUAAAUGGGUGAAGAAUCUUUGUCAAUGCUCCUUCAUGAUAGAGCUGUGGAGCAGGCAAUUCUGUCUAUGAAGAAGGGUGCUUACCUUUUGAAGUCUAGGCGUAGAGGCAAACCCAAAUUCUGUCCUUUCAGGCUUUCCAUGGAUGAGAAAUUCUUAGUUUGGUAUUCUGGAAACGAGGAAAAGCAACUUCGAUUAAGCUCAGUAAUGAAAAUUAUUCCAGGAAAGAUGUCACCAAGUCUUGUAAACCAACUUCAACCCACAAAGAAGCCCGAAUCCUUUUCGCUAAUUUACGCUAACGGCGAGCGUUCACUUGAUCUGACAUGUAAGGACAAAGCACAAGCAGAUUGUUGGAUUUUGGGGUUGAAAUCUACAAUAUCAAGGAAUUACCAUCCAAAGCCAUUAGCUAGUUUAAGGGAUCAUAGAGGAAUUGUAUCUUGUGCCAAUAGUCCUGCUGGUUUUGUUAGAAGAAAGUACAAUCUUGGACUUCUGGAGGACAGUACAGACUUCCCACAGGUACGCAGCUUGUGUGGCAGUCCUACUCUUUCACUUUCGGAACGAUGCCUAUCUCAUGGCUUAUCUCAUUCCUUUGAUAGCUUCUAUCCAUCGGAUGGACAGAGUGAAGGCGAUAUCUCUGCUCGAGUUACUCCGCUUAUUGAACCUGAUGCACUUAAGAGGGGAUCAUUGGACGAAACGGUUCAUGGAAAGAAUGUGCUCAGUAGACUUGUCGUACCUGUUCAUACAUCUCCACGUAUCGAAAAGAACAAUAGUCUGAAGGAUGUCAUGAUCUGGGGAGAAGGUAUAGAAGGUGGGCUGAUAGGUGGUGGAAUUGAAAGGUCUGUUAGCCAGAAAGGAAUGCUUGUGGAUGCAUUGUUACCAAAACUUUUAGAGUCUACUAUGAUGUUGGACGUGCAAAGAAUAUCAUUAGGAGGAAAACACGCAGCCGUGGUUACGAAACACGGUGAAGUCUUCUGUUGGGGUGAAGGGAAGGGGGGUAGACUUGGACAUAAGAUUAAUAUGGACUUAGACCAACCGAAACUAGUCGACUCGCUUAAUGGGAUCUCAGCUAAAUCUGUUGCAUGUGGUGAGUAUCAGACAUGUGCUUUGACAAAUGGUGGAGAAGUUUAUACAUGGGGUGACAGUAGGUUUGGUGCUGAUUUCGAAUGUGAGCAGAAGGUAAGAAGUCCAUGGCUGCCACAACAACUUUCUGGUCCUUUGAAUGGCAUAACCAUAUCGAAUCUCGCUUGUGGAGAGUGGCAUACUGCGGUUGUUUCAGCGUGCGGGCGGUUAUUUACGUAUGGUGAUGGAACAUUUGGAGCUCUUGGACAUGGGAAUCUCAUAAGCUUGUCCCAGCCAAAAGAGGUCGAAUCUUUAAAUGGUUUGUGGGUAAAAUCUGUGGCAUGUGGAUCAUGGCAUACAGCUGCUAUUGUUGAUAUCAUGAUUGACCGUUUCAAGUUCGAGAGUUCGGUUGGGAAACUAUUUACAUGGGGUGAUGGUGAUAAAGGGAGGCUAGGCCAUGCUGACAAUGAGCGUAAGCUCUUACCAACGUGUGUCGCCCCACUCGUUGAUUCUAACUUUGUUCAAGUUUCUUGUGGACGAAUGUUGACCGUUGGGCUCACAAAUCUUGGUAGAGUUUACACAAUGGGAAGCUCCAUACAUGGGCAACUAGGAAACCCAAGGUCAAGGGAUACCUCAGUAGCUUUAGUUGAAGGAGAGCUCAAAGAAGAGUUUGUUAGUGCCAUAGCUUCUGGUUCCUAUCAUGUCGCUGCACUAACGACAAGCGGACGUGUUUACACGUGGGGGAAGGGCGCAUACGGACAAUUAGGAUUGGGCGAUUCGGAUGAUAGAAAUUUGCCUACUUUUGUUGAAGCUCUAGGAGAGCAGCAGGUAGAAAGUAUAGCCUGUGGAUCAAAUGUCACAGCGGCUAUCUGUUUGCAUAGAUCUAUCACUUCAAGUGACCAAUCUGCUUGUUAUGGAUGUAAAUUGCCUUUUGGGUUUACAAGAAAGAAGCAUAAUUGCUAUCACUGUGGUCUUUCUUUCUGCAGAAUGUGUAGCAGUAAGAAGACUAUGAACGCUGCUUUGGCUCCCAGUCGAACCAAAGCUUUUCGAGUUUGUGAUCCGUGCUUCAACAAUUUACAACGACAUAGGACGAAGAAUUCAUUGGUGCAACAAAAAGCAUCUGCUUUUGAAAGAGUAGACAAGAAAAGUAUGAGUUCUAAGCAUGGUCAGCUGCUGUCACCUACAAAACAAAACAUUGAUGAAAUGCAGUCUCAUUGGAAAUUCAUAAACCAUGGCGAAAACCGAGAGCAUUUCAAACAACUUUCUUUUUCGACCAGUGGAAUACCGAGCUGGGGGCAAGUUUCGUGUCCAGCUUCAUUUAAAACGUGCAGUAUAGAGAACAUGAAAACUCUUAUUCCUCCUCCAUCUCAAAAUCAAACAUCUGUUAAUGCUUUAGUUCACCUGAAAUCGCCUAAUUCAGGUGCCAUCGGUAUCGAGAGAUUUGUGUAUGGAUCCAGUGAGAAACUAAGUGAAGAAGUUCAGAGGCUAAGAGCUGAGGUGAAGAGCCUCGAACUACAAUGUCACGAUAGAGACGAGAAGAUGCAGAAAUGUGGACAAAAGAUAGAAGAAGCUUGGUCUGUUGCAAGGGAGGAAGCAGCCAAAUGCAAGGCAGCAAAGGAGGUCAUAAAAGCUUUGGCACUAAGGCUUCAAACAAUGUCGGAGAACAUUGUCGGUCGACGAGAUGCAAAGGAUGAAGUUGAUGCAAAUAAACCACAUGUUACACCAGUUCACUCCCCCUCUGCUGCAAUUUGCUUACCCCCUGAGGUUCAACUGCCCAAAGACAGACUAAUUGGUGAUAGUUUAUACAACUCUCCCAUUGUCUUCUCCAAUACAUUCAAAUCGUUGUAUGGGAGACACGCAUUCCGACACGUUACUAAGUCGACGGAUCCAGAUCCAAACACUGACCGAACAUCUUCGAAAAAUGGAACUGCAAAUUGUUUGAAAGAUGAAUGGAUAAAACAGUAUGAACCUGGUGUAUAUAUUACAUUUACAAGUCUACCAGGUGGAUACAAGGGGCUCAAGAGAGUGAGAUUCAGUCGAAGAAGAUUUUCGGAGAGGGAAGCGGAGAAAUGGUGGGAAGAGAAUCAAGUUAUAGUAUACCAAAAGUAUGGCAUUGAAGGAUAUACCAAUUCAAAUCAUAGCCACAUAGAGGACUAAAAAUAAUUCUUACUUUUUGCCCCUUCAUAUUUGUAUGAAGAGUUUUUCCAUUGUAAAUGAACACUAAGAAAUGUCGUCAGUCUCACUGUUUCAAAACGUUAGUAGAUAUUGACCGUUUCGGCUCA